UGUGCGUAGUGGUUGUGUAGCGUCUUGUUAUUUUCUGUAUCGCGUGUGACUUGCCGCGCGUGUUCCCGCGCGUAGUGUUUGUAUAGUGGCUUGAGUGGAGUGUGUGCAGUGUGCCCUGUAUUUUUUCUGGAGUGUGCUGCAGACGAUGACCGCGUGCGUUUGACGUGGGGAUGUAUCCUAGCGCGGGCGCAAUGAACGCGGCCGCAGCCGCCGCAGCCGUGGCGGCCGCAAGGCAUCCGGGUCCACCGCAGCCCGGACAACCUAUCAAAUUCACGGUGGGCGAAUCCUGUGAUCGAAUAAAGGAGGAAUUUAAUUUUCUUCAGGCCCAAUAUCAUAAUUUAAAAUUAGAAUGCGAGAAACUGGCUAGUGAAAAAAUUGAAAUACAAAGGCAUUACGUUAUGUACUAUGAAAUGUCAUACGGCCUCAAUGUGGAAAUGCACAAACAGACGGAGAUCGCGAAGAGAUUAAACGCAAUCAUCGCGCAAAUCCUGCCAUUCUUAUCACAAGAACACCAACAGCAAGUGGCGUCGGCGGUGGACAGGGCGAAACAGGUCACCAUGACUGAACUUAAUGCCAUUAUUGGGCAACAAAGGCCAGACCUGCCGAGGUUGCUGCAACAGAUGCACGCCGCCCACCUGCCGGCGCACGGGGCGCCACCUCUACCACUGCUGGGCCAAGGGGCCCUGCCGCCUGCGGGCCUCUUGGGCCUCGGCGUGCCUCACCAUCCCCUCUCAGUGCUAGCGAAACCUCCGGACAUACAUCGACCUGAUGAAAAAGGCAACGGUAUCAGCUCGGCAGAGGAGCGACAUAGAAAUUCAAUAUCUCCGGGUGAGAGAGAAAAGUAUCGAACAAGAAGUCCGGCAGAACCAGAUCAUAAGAAACUCAAAAAAGAAGAAAAAGAUAUGGGACAUGAACUAGUGGUGGAUGACGCGAGUGAAGAGCCGACGUCGCCUCACAAUGGGGCCCCUUCGCCACGUGAAAAUGGACUGGACAAACUGCAGCCCAAGAAAGAGCACCCCCCACAUAGCCCUAGGUCAGGAACAUCAAGUAACGCGUCAACGCCGUCAGCAAAAAAGUUGGAUGAAAAGCCAAGCACACCAAUAUCUAAGCCAGUAACACCCACGUCCGGUGCAAGUGGGGUGGGAGCGGCUGGGGCACCUCUCAAAGCCGCAGUGAAGCCCCCAGCACUCCAGUAUCCCUACCUGGGAAACGGGGCUCAUGAUGCGUACGGCCUCGCGGGGUACUCGGCUAGAGCUGCGCUGGCGUACGAACCUCUGCGUCCGCCGAUUGGACCGGCUUCGCUUGCGCCGAUACCUGGUGGCAAGCCAGCCUACUCAUUCCACGUCUCGGCGGAGGGCCAGAUGCAGCCGGUGCCGUUUCCGCCUGACGCGCUGAUGGGGCCGGGCAUCCCCCGUCACGCGCGUCAAGUCUCGGCGCUUGCCCACGGCGAGGUGGUGUGCGCGGUCACCGUCUCCUCGCCCACCAAAUACGUGUACACUGGAGGGAAGGGCUGCGUGAAGGUGUGGGACAUCAGCCAGCCCAGCAAAGCGCCCGUCAGCCAGCUGGAUUGCUUGCAAAGGGACAACUAUAUAAGAUCAGUAAAGCUGUUACCGGAUGGUCGCACGUUGAUCGUCGGCGGGGAAGCUUCUAAUCUCUCAAUAUGGGACCUGGCGUCUCCCACGCCGCGGAUCAAGGCUGAGCUGACAUCAUCGGCACCAGCUUGCUAUGCUCUCGCGAUCAGCCCCGACUCUAAGGUGUGCUUCAGCUGUUGUUCAGACGGCAACAUCGCAGUGUGGGAUCUCCACAAUCAGACACUGGUACGGCAGUUCCAAGGGCACACAGAUGGCGCCUCCUGCAUUGACAUUUCUGCAGACGGCACUAAGCUUUGGACCGGCGGAUUGGAUAACACUGUCAGAUCUUGGGAUUUAAGAGAAGGCAGACAACUACAACAACACGACUUCAGUUCACAGAUAUUCUCCUUAGGAUAUUGCCCCACAGGCGAAUGGCUCGCGGUGGGCAUGGAGAACAGCAAUGUUGAAGUCCUACACGCGGUGAAGCCGGACAAAUACCAACUUCACCUACACGAGUCGUGCGUGUUAUCGCUUCGCUUCGCGUCGUGCGGCAAGUGGUUCGUGUCCACCGGCAAGGACAACCUGCUCAAUGCCUGGCGCACGCCCUACGGCGCCAGCAUCUUCCAGUCAAAGGAAUCAUCAUCGGUGCUUAGUUGCGACAUCUCGUCCGACGACAAAUACAUAGUGACAGGCUCAGGCGACAAGAAGGCCACAGUGUACGAAGUGAUCUAUUAGUGUCAGGACACUCGGACUACGAACAAACGGACAGAUCAAAGUGAAGUGACGUGCGGGACGUUCCGCGAACGUAGCGCGGAAAGUGGUGAUAUAGCUUUAGUGUAUAGAGUAUAUUGGGAAGCCUGUAUGUACUUAUGCGACUUGUUUAUAUAGAUUAGUGUGCGCGGUUUAUGUUUAUUUGUUGAGCGCCCGUAGUGUAUGUUGGCAGCAGAUCUCAAAAUGAUGAUUUCGUUUCAAUAUUGUUGUAAAAUGCUCAUAUUAAAGAAAAGAUAUGCGCAAAUUAUA